GAUUACAAUGUAUGAAAUAUAUAACAGACGUCAGUAAAACCAACGUAUAAUUUUGUUUAAACUGCAAAUAAAACUGUUGAUGGAAGAUUGGGUCACAACUUUUUUCCUUAUAUUAAUCCUUUUCAUCAUUGUGGUGCAUGGAAUACUGGCUUUAAUCAUCUCAAGAGCUUGUUGUAAAAAGUAUUGUUGCGACAGAGGAAUGCAGACAAGGUCCUACCGAAGUAAUAGUACAUUGUCAGGAUAUCGUGCAUCUAGACUGACAGGGAUCCAAUGUACGACACACACAACAUUAAAUCCUACUAUGCAUAGCCCAUCACCUACAGAAAAUUUCGAUCUAAAUAGCUUUAGUGAAGAACCCAGAAAUGCGCCGAUAUCCCCUCCACCUCCUGGAAAUACAGAACAGGAGGAAUACCAUAUUGUAACUGCUGAUAUAACUGAAUCCUCAAAUUUCCUGAGUGAUGGUUUUGAAGAUUGUCCGGAUGUGCCCCCUCCUUCGUAUAGCAGUUUGUUUGAAUAGUAACUGUUAGACCUGUCAAUGAAUUGUUAUUUUAAAAGUAUGUAUCUUAAAAAGUUAGAUAUGACUUUUAAUGUCACAGAACAGAAAAAAAAAAAUUCAAAUAUUUUUUUUUAAUA